AUGGGCGAGCAGAUGGACUGCGAGGUGAGCGACGACGGCAGCGGCGGCGCGUCGUCCCACGCGCUCGAGGUGAAGCUGAAUAAGCGGCUAGCGCUGCUCGAGAAGCUCAAGGACGUCGACGUCCACACGGCCUGCUGGGGCGGCGACGUCGACCUCGUGCGCGCGCACCUCGACUUCGCCGGCCAGGGCGGCGGCGUCCGCGCGCGCCGCGAGCUCCGCUUCGCGAGCAAGCGGCUCGCGGCGCUCGAGCGCGAGGCGGCGACCAUGGCGACGAAGCGCGCCGCGGCCAACGACGGCGAGGCCGACGAGUGCGAGAUCGCCGUCGCCUACGACGAGAAGCUCGGCGACGCGCGCGACGCCGUCGCGGCCGCGGAGGUCCGCGCGGCCGCGUCCGCCGCGGGCGCGCGCGCCGAGGCCGCGAACGCGCUCGACGACUCGGAGUUCGGCGAGGGCUACCGGCCCCUGCACUACGCGGCCUACGCGGGCCACGCCCAGGUCGUCGAGGUCCUCCUGGAGGCCGGCGCGCGCGUCGACGAGCGCAACGCGGCCGGGUGCACGCCGCUCUUCCUCGCGGCGCAGCAGGGCCGCGGCGCGGUCGUCCGCCUGCUCUACGACCGCGACCCGGCGACGAACUGCGCGAGCCGCCACGAGCUCGUGCCCACGGGCGACGGCCGCAUGCUCUGCGCGCUCGACGUCGCGCGCGCGGCGGACCGCCGCGUCGCGGGCCGCGACGACGCGCGGACCGUCAUGCUCGACGCGCUCGGCGGCCGCCGCGCGGCGACGCCGCCGGCGCCCGCGCUCGUCCCCUGCGACGACCCCGACGCCGGCGCGUCGGCGGGCGGCCUGGAGGCGACGUGGGCGGCGGACGCGUACGCGCCGGCGCCCGGCGCGCCGCGCGACUUCCCGCCGGUGCACCACGCCAAGGUCAAGGUCCUCCGCGCGGACGACGUCGACGGCGACCCGGCGGCCCUCGUCGUCGUGCGCGCCGCGGCGCACCGCGCGCGCAUCCCCGCGCACGCGGCGGGGGGCAAGGGCGUCCUCGAGCCCGGCGCGGCCUACGUGUGCCGCCUCGCGCUCGUCGACGGCGCGGGCGCGGGCGCGUACUCGGAGCCCUCGGCGCCGGCGACGGCGGCGGAGCCGCUGGCGGCGCCGGCGCGGGCGGCGGCGAAGAAGGUGCGCGAGGCGCCCGACGUCGACCCCAAGGUCGCGCGCGCGCGCCGGGCGAUCGUCGCGGGCCGCGAGAAGCGGCAGAAGAUGGCCGAGCUCUUCGGCGCGCCCCAGCGGCCGCGCAUCCGGGGCGACGCGGGCACGCCCCACGGCAAGAUGGCGGUCCGCACGUCCAUGGACGAGGAGGAGAACCGCCUGGCUGACGCGGCGCGCUACGACACGCCCAAGAACCUCGCGGCGAGCCGCGACGACGCGACGACCGACGGCUCGGACGCCGGCGACGACCCCCCGAAACGCCGCCGUGUAUCGAUCGAGCCAGUGGCAACGAUGACGGAGAUCGCCGCAUCUAUCCCGUCGCACGACGACAUCUGGGGCGACCUCGCGUCGGCGGUGCCGCCCGCGCCGCCGCCCGGCCUCGCCGCGCCGCCGGCCUCCGACGACGACGACGACGGCGACGACGACGACGCGGCCGCCGUCGAGGACGCGGAGCUCGCGGACUACGCCGCCGUCGCGCGGCGGCGGCGCGGCUCCGGCGCGGCCGGCGGCGACUGCGCGCUCGUCGCGGCCGCGCGGCGCGGCGCGACCGAGGCCGUGCGCGCGCUGCUGGGCGCGGGCGCGGCGGCGACGGCGACGUCCGCGGGCGGCGAGAGCGCCCUCGAGGCGGCGACGGCGUCGGGCGAGCUCGGCGCGGCCCUCGCGCUCGUCAAGGCCGGCGCGAGCGUCUCGGCGACGGACGACGCGCUCCUCCGCGUCGCGACGCUCGUCGGCGACGACGAGCUCGUCGCGCGCCUGCUGGAGGCGGGCGCGCCGCCCCUCGCGUGCCGCGAUCCCGCCGACGGCGAGCCGCCCCUCCUCGAGGACGACGAGGAGCCCGGCGCGACGAGCUGCCUGCUGCUCGCCGCGCGGCACCCGAUGGCGCGCGUCCUCGACGCGUACCUCGCGCACUUCGGGGACGCCGGCGGCGCGGACGCGCCCCACGGGUCGCGGCGCGUGACGGCCCUCAUGGUCGCGGCGGCGAACAGCGGCCGCGACGACGCGCGCGCGGCGAAGCGCCUGUUAGCGGCCGGGUGCGCGCCGACGGCGGCGGACAGGGCAGCAAAAGAGAGCGAAAUUCCCAACUUCAAAGGCUCCUAUCUCGGCCGUUUCCCACUCGCGGCGGACGCGGACGGCCGGUCCGCGUUGCACCGCGCGGCGCGGGCCGACUGCCGCGCCUGCGUCGCCGCCCUCGCCGACGCCGCGCGGGAGACCCUGAGCGAGGCGGCCUACCGCGCCUUCCUCGACGGCGCGGAGCGCGGCACGCGGCGGACCGCGCUCCACGUCGCCGCGGGCGCGGGCGCCGCGGCCGCGGCCGCGGCCUUACUGCGCGCGGGCGCCGACGCCACAAAAGUCGACGCCGCCGGGGGCACGGCCCUCCGGAGCGCCGUGGACCGCGGCCACGAGCCCUGCGCGCGCGUGCUCCUCGAGAUGUCCGACGCGGCGCUCGACGGCGACUUCCACCGCUGCGUCGAGCUCGCGCGGAACGGCAACUGGCCCGUCGACGGGCGCGUGGAGGCGCGCCGCGGCGACGACUUGGCCCCGGGGCCGACGCCCCUCGCGGCGGCGGCGGCGCGCGGCGACGUCGACGGCGUCGUCGCGCUCGUCGAGGCGGGCGGCGCGGACGUGACCGCGCGCGGGCCCGAGAGCCCGCUCGCCGUCGCGGCGGCGCACGGGCGCCUCGAGGUCUGCGGCGAGCUGCUGCGGCUCGGCGCGAAGCCCGCGCGCGACCUCGACGACAAGGGCGCGCAGCUGCUGACCUUUGCGUGCGACUGCCGCGACGCGGACGUCGUCCAAGCGGUCCUCGACGCCCUCGACGCCGGCGACCUCGGCCGGCCGGCGUUGCGGGGCGCGCUGCACAUGGCGGCGGCGCGCGGCGACGACGCGAGCGUCGAGGCGCUGCUCGCCUUCGGGCGGACCGUCGGCGCGGGCCCGUCGAGCCCGCGCGGCGACUGCCCGCUCGGCGGCGCGCCGGCGACGCCGCGGGGCCGGGGCGACGACGCGGGCUGCGACUACCUCGUGCGCGCCGCGUCCGACGGCGACGACCGCGAGCCCGCGCUGCUCGCCGCGUGCCGCGCGGGCGCGUACGCGUGCGUCGAGAAGUUGACGCGCGACGCGGGGUCGCUCCGGGCCGCGCUCGACGACGAGCGGCGCUGCGCGCUGCACCACGCGGCGGCGCGGGACCGGGCCCACCUCGUCGAGUACCUCUGCGGCGCCGACGCGUCGCUCGUGAGCUGCCGCGACGCGCGAGGAGCGACGCCGCUCCACGCGGCGGCCGCCGCGGGCGCGGGCGCGGCCAUCGGCGCGCUGCUGCGCCACGGCGCCGACGCGACGCUCGUGGACGCGCGGAAGCGCACGCCCCGCGACGUCGCCCUCGAGCGGGGCAGCAAGCGCGCGGCCGCGCAGCUCGACGCGAUGGCGUCGGCCAUCGAGGACGGCGACUUCGACGAGUGCGCGCGCCUCGCGGACGCGGGCAACUGGCCCGUGGACUUCCGCGCGGGGUCCGGCGCCGGGGACACGGCGCUCGUCGCCGCCGCGCGGCGCGGCGCGCCGGACGCGGUCGACGCGCCGAACGGCGCGCCGGGCGGCGGCGAGACGCCCCUGGCCGCGGCGGCCAAGGCGGGCCACUUGGACGUGUGCGCCGCGCUGCUGGCGGCGGGCGCGGACCCGACGCGCGUCGCGGACGAGGCGAAGACGCUCCUCGUCGCCGCGGUCGUCGACGACGAGCCCGAGCUCGUGGACGCGCUGCUCCUCAAGGGCGCGUCGGCGAAGCCCAUCGCCGGCGAGGCGCCCGCGGGCGCGUUCCUCGUCGCCGUCGAGCUCGGCAGCCCCCACAUCGUCGCGAGCUUCCUCCGGCGCGCCGCGGACGUGCCCGACGCGCUCGACGUCGACGCGGCGCACGGCGCGCCCGCGCUCACGGCGCUCCACGCCGCCGCCGCGCGGGGCCGCGCGGACAUCGUCGACGCGCUCCUGGGCGCGGGCUCGAACGUCAACGUCGUCGACGGCGGCGGCCGGUCCGCGCUGCACCACGCCGCGGUCCACGACCACGACGACGUCCUGCGCGUCUUGGUGUCCAACGGCGCCGACGUCAAGCGCGCCGACGCGGCGGGCGUCACGCCCCUGGCCGCCGCCAAGGCCGCGGGCGCCAAGUCCGCCGAGUCCGCGCUCCGCAUGGCCGAGUCCAUGCUCCACAAGACGCCCUAG